AUGCGGUACUCUUCUUUCCUGCAGCUGACGGGGGCUCUGCUCUCUUUCUCCCUCCCAGCUACCUUCGCAGCAGACUCUCGAUACUGCAUGAACAAAAAUGUCAUCGCCGCCAAAGACUUCACACUCCAAGAAUCCGCCGACAGCCCCCACCUCGCAGCACUAGCAAAACACUUCGAAAGCACCGGCAAGAACGUCAGUGUCACCGCCGUUCUCAACUCCGCAAACCGAGACCUUAACCAAGGCCAUCCAUCGGUCGGAACCGGAUCUCCCAAUGAAGCCUGGGCAUGGAACUCGGGCGACUACAAGACUACCAAGUGGACGCCACAGGGUAUCACCAGCUCCGCCGACGCGCUCGGCACUGGCAAGUGGAAUGACCAUGAAGCGUGGAUUGUUAGCUGGUAUCAACAGGGUGACAGUGUGCGGGUGAGCUUUGUUGAUCGCAAGACACACAAGUAUCGCCAUGUUCUUCUUGUGUAUCCUUCUGCAGAUGAUGAUUUCAAGUCCAUCGCUAUUCACGCUGGUGGUAUUAUGUGGUAUGGUAAUCUGCUGUAUGUUGUUGAUACCAACAAUGGUAUUCGUGCCUUUGAUCUAGAUAAUAUUUGGGAGGUAGAGACUGCCGAUGGCGUUGGGAAGAUGAAGGACGGAAAGGGAUACUCGGCUGAUGGAUAUCAAUAUGUCCUUCCACAAGUUCGUUGGUACAAGUGGACACCCGGAUCUAAAUCUCCAUUUCGCUUCUCCUGGAUAUCCCUCGACCGCAGCGACAAGCCCGACACCCUCCUCGUUGGCGAAUUCGUCCGCGACGGGGAAGUCGACGCCAACAAAGAUCCCGUCCCGAUCCGACUCGUCAAGUACCAGCUGGACUCGACGACUCGCCGACUACGCACCAACAGUGACGGCUUGGCUACUGCCAGCUGGGCUCACUGCGUGGACAUUCUCAAGAUGCAAGGAGGUGUCUCUUAUGAUGGAAAGUUCUAUCUGUCACGGAGCAACGGUCGUGAUCCUGCCGCCGGUGAUCUUUUCACUUGGAAGGAGGGUAAUACUGCUACCAAGUUCCCUGGGUGGUUCAUGGCCGGCAAUGAGGACUUGAGCUAUAAUCCCGUGCGGAAGGAGUAUUAUACUGUCACCGAGUAUGAUAACGGGCGGUUCAUUCUGUCUUACAAGGUCUGA